UCCUCAUCACCCUCCUUCCCUUCUUUCUCAACCUACAUCAUCACCUUUUUCCUCCUCUUCUCCUUCCCAUCCAUCGUCUAUUACUAGUCCCCUGCGUUUCUUGACCGCCGCUGCUCUCCAUCCCCUCUCUUUCCCUGCUUCUCCUAACUCCAUGGCUUGCAAUUAUUCAACCACCCCUGUUACUCUUCAAUCCGUCAAUCCAAAGGUGAUUGACUUUUAUUAGACAAGUAGCCUACAACUCGUAAAAAUUCGCAAAUUCCCAAACUCCAAAGCCCAAAGCCCAGAUCAAAAGUCCAAAGCCCAGAAUCUUUUCCCAAAACCCCUGUCAAAGUAAAACCAAGCCAUCCCUUCCCCUCCACUCCAGCUCCACUCCUGAGAAACAAUCCACCAAAUUCAACCGUUUUCCCAGAUGCUGAUGAUUUCAAGAAUCAAAUGGGUUCUCCAAAAUCCCCUUUUUUUGCACCACCACCCCAUCAAAAACCCGUCUUUUUUCCUAAAAACACCAACAAGAAAUCCUCGGUUUUUUGCCGUUAAACCCUUGUUAAACCCUCAACCUAGUCAUCAGCAACAUCAUCACCAUUGUCAGAUGCGAGGCUUGAAAUCAGAAGCUACUUCUGCUGCUGCUGCUGCUUCUUCUUCUGGUGAAAUUCACGUGAUUGUGGGGCCCAUGUUUGCUGGAAAAACUUCCACUCUUCUCAGGAGGAUUAAGACCGAGAGCAGCAAUGGGAGAAGUGUUGCAGUUAUAAAAUCUGAUAAGGACACUAGAUAUGCAUUGGAUUUAAUUGUUACACAUGAUGGAGAAAAAUUGCCAUGCUGGCCAUUGGCAAAUCUUUCAUCAUUCAGACAAAAGCUUGGUAGUGAGGCAUAUGAUAAGCUAGACGUUAUUGGUAUAGACGAGGCACAAUUUUUUGAAGACCUUUAUGAUUUCUGCCGUGAAGCUGCUGACCUCGAUGGGAAGACUGUGAUUGUUGCUGGAUUGGAUGGUGACUAUCUAAGGAGAAGUUUUGGGUCUGUGCUUCAAGUUAUACCCCUUGCGGACUCUGUAACCAAGUUAAAUGCUCGGUGUGAGCUCUGUGGUAGACAAGCUUUCUUUACAUUGAGAAAGACAGAGGAGACUGAAACAGAACUAAUCGCUGGGCCUGAAGUGUACAUGCCCGUGUGUCGAAAACAUUAUGUGACCGGACAAGUGGUCAAAGAAGCUGCAAAGACUGUGUUAGAAUCUCAAAGGGUUCAAUGCGGUGCAGUUGUGUAGUAGUGUACAACAUCGUAGGAAAUCUGGCUUCUCAUAUCUCAGGCCAGAAAUGUGGCAUUUGCUUGUGGUGUGUAAUUGUAGAAUCGGUAUACCCUUGCCUGAGUAUAUCAAAGCUCAGUGGUCUUACAAAGCAAUAGCUAGAUUUAAAUAGGUGAUUUUUGCUCCUCAGAUGUCUCUAUUUAUUUAGGGACAUGUACCUUGUCUAAGUUACUGAUGAAUUGUAUUAAUGCAUGAUUUUACCUUCUCCUUUUGUGUGCUAUGAAUGUUGAAAAGCGGAAAUGAGGCUGCUUGUG